GCGGGGCCAGCGCCGCCGUCGGAUAGCGAGGUGACGUCGGCACCGCCGCGCAGCCGCAGUCGGGCGGAGAGAAGAUGGUGCUCAUCAAGGAGUAUCGCGUGGUCUUGCCGUGCUCAGUAGAAGAGUACCAAGUGGGGCAGCUUUUCUCCGUGGCUGAGGCCAGCAAGAAUGAGACGGGAGGAGGAGAAGGGAUCGAAGUGUUGACGAAUGAACCGUACGAGAAGGAGGGGGAGAAAGGACAAUACACACACAAAAUAUACCACUUAAAGAGUAAAGUGCCCGGCUUUGUGAAGAUGAUCGCACCAGAGGGAGCUCUAGUAUUCCAUGAAAAGGCCUGGAAUGCAUAUCCAUACUGUUGUACCAUUGUGACGAAUGAAUACAUGAAAGACGACUUCAUGAUCAAAAUUGAAACGUGGCACAAACCGGACAUGGGCUCUUUGGAAAAUGUGCAUGACUUGGACCCGGAGACGUGGAAGACUGUGGAGGUUGUACCCAUUGAUAUAGCAGACAGAUCACAAGUGGAGCCUGGAGACUAUAAGCAAGAAGAAGACCCUGCGGUUUUUCACUCAGAGAAAACAGGUCGAGGUCCACUGGGCCCAGAAUGGAAGUCAGAGCUCGCUGCAAAUGAAAACGCUCCCCGAAUGUGUGCAUACAAACUCGUCACGGUGAAGUUCAAGUGGUGGGGCCUUCAAAGCAAAAUAGAGCAUUUCAUCCAUAAACAAGAGAAAAGAAUCUUCACCAACUUCCAUCGUCAGCUCUUCUGCUGGAUGGACAGCUGGGUGGGACUCACCAUGGAGGACAUCCGGCGGAUGGAGGCUGAAACACAGAAGGAGCUAGAAGAGCUUCGUAAAACUGGUCAGGUUCGAGGUACCAGUGCUGCUCACGAGCAAUGAGGCAAAACUAAAGGAUCCUACGGUAAUAUUCUGACAUUCGGGGGGAAAAAGCGAAGAAUGAAGCGACGGUCAGCGCGACGUGCACCGCGGUUCAGUCCUCCACCAGCCUGAGGGACGUCCCCACUCUUCAUUAUUACUGUACCCAGACCAGCGUUCCUCCCGCUCACCAUCUUUCACUAUUUCACCAUGGUCCUCAGCCUCGUACUGGCUCUCUCACCACUAUAUCACCAUUAUACAGAGUUUGCCUUCAGUGGCGUUAGAGGAGAACGGUAGAAAACUGUGUGCUUUUGAGUAGGACUUUGCGAUUUUGUAGAAAAUUUCAAAGUUUGUGAUGAAAUUGGUUUUAAUUUCAGGCAGGCAGGCGCUGGAGGACCAAUUGUUGUAAUUGUGUGGUUUAGUCAUUUCACUUUUUAAAAAUUGUGGUUUUCUUUCACACCGGUUACUUCUUAUUCUCACCAGUUUUAAAGGCUGUGUUCAGACUGCAGGCAGAUCGGAUUUCUGCAUUGUUAUUUGUAAGCGAUCAGAUUGAUCAGAUUGGAUUUGCAUGUCUUGACAUCACAAUCACUUUGGAUUUGAUGAGUUUUUAAAGUAAAAUAUGUUAAAAUCUUUGAGUAUAAGACUGACCUACAUCAAAUAUUUGGACUUAAAUGUUGUUUUGGAUCGGAUUUUGCAAAAAUCUGAUUUCAUGUCAUUUCUGGCUGUUUAGACUCUCCAAAAAGUCUGUAUUCAUUCUAGAUCAGAUUCAGGCUGGCAGUCUAAAUAAGUAAUCAGAUUCUGAUUACUGAAAAACUAACCUGUGGCUUCUGGCUGUUUAGAUUAUCAAAAAAAUCAAUCUGGAUUUGAUUUAGAUCAGAUUUACUAAUGAUCAGAUUGGAUUUGCAUGUCUGGACAUGACAAAUGUAUCUGCUUAACCAACCUUUGGCACUGUUCUUGGACCCCUGCAUUCUGGAUUUAAUGAGGUCAUACGCUUAAAUCUGGUUCUGAGCGUCUAGACUGAUACACACGUGUAAACAUCUGAUUUCAUGUGGUUUCUUUCGGCAGUACACACUGUCAAAAAUAAAUCUGGAUUCAAUGUAGAUUAAAAAAAAAAAAUUAGAUUCAUGCUGGCAGUCUGAACACAGCCUAAGUCUCUACCCCCUUUACCCCACUUUUAAUUAAGCAGAUCCCUGGUUAAGCACUUACAUCAGAUUAAUUAUAAUUGUAAUGUUCAUAUCUCUUGUUUAUUGUAAUUAUAAUAUUCACGGUUAUUCGUUUUUUUUGUUCGUUUUUUUUUAGUUUAUUACCAUUUAACUGUAGUAGUUUUGCCUUUUUUUUCUCAUCUCAUCUUUUUUUUUUGUCUGAUCUAGAAAAUGUUGCGUACGCUGUUGCAUGGAGGAAAAACUUUCAGAUGCAAAAAUUUAAGCACACGCAAACGAUCGCCCGAUUUAACGUCAAUCAAUCAAUAUAUCAAUCGAUAAGUCAAUCACGUGCUGUUAAAUAAUGUCGUAUCGGGAGAACCACAGGACCUCGUUUGGAUUUGCAUGAGCUCAGCGAUGGCGAGACAGUGCGGGUGAUGUUCUUUAUCUUUGUUUUUAUUCUCUUGUUCUUAUUUUUUGUUUCGUUUUUGUCGUUUGGUUUUGUUUAUGGUUUUGUUUUAAAUCGACCGGAGGUCCCCUAGUUUUUAAGGGACCCUCCGCGCUCAGCUCUGGGCUGGGUGUAGACUCAGGCAGCGCCCGGUAUCAGGAACACCGUUCCCUUCUGAGGUUUAGAGUUUAGAUUUUAGAUUUUAAAGUUUAGAUUUUAGGGUUUGUUUUCGAUGCAAUCACUGCUGCUGUUCUAUAGUGCUCUUAGGGCUAGUGCUGUGCUGCUAGAUCUCGAAUGUACACACACACACACACACACAUACUGUAUAAACAAAUUUAUAUUUAUACAUAUAUAUAAAUAAAAAUGCAUGAAUGAACAGCAGACCAAUCAGAUUGUAAAAUAAAGUUCUACAAUGAAGAACUUUAAAAACUGUAAAAUCCAGCAAAAACACCCUUUUUAUAACAUAAAGAUAUAAAUGUCAGAUUUAGGGAUGCACUGAAUAUUUGGCGAAUUAAAUAUUAGUUUUAUUAAUGUUCAGGCUAAUAAAAUGUAAAAUGAGAGUUUAUAUCGAACAAUAACUUAUCUUAUUUAUCUGCAAGAUUGAACAGCAGGCCAAUCAGAUUGUAGAUUUUUAGAUUGUAUAAUUUGAAACAUCGAAUAAAAAUCAAAGCAAUUUUUUUUUUUUUUGCCAAGAUCUUUGAGAAGAUUUGGAGCUGCAACUAAUGAUUAUUUUCAAAGUCAAAUAUUCGGAUUAUUUGUUAAAUUAGUCGAUUAGUCAACGAUUAUUUCUAUCGAGAAUUUCAUAAACAGGUGGAUGUGGGAUUUAAAUGCCCUUUAAAUGACAAGACGGUAUCAUUUAAAUGUGAGAACAUGUGGAAAGUACUGAUAUUUAGUGGGUAAAUAUGUAAUCUGUUGUGUUUUGCCACUUUUGAAAACUUUUAGAGGUUUUUAGAAUCAAUCUUGUCGAUUAUAUCGACUAAUCUUUGCAGCCCUACUGACUAUUAUACUGGCUUUAUUUUAUUGUUUGAAGCUUAAUUUCAUUACUUUAUUGGUCUUCUGGGGUGUUAAAAUGUACCCAGCGUCCAAUAAUUGUUUUUAAAUUAUAGUUUUGUAAUUACUUUUCCUUUAAAAAUAAAACAAGCGAGACAAAAAUAUUUUAACAUUUAAGCUAUUUUAAAAUGAAGAAAAAACAAAAAUUGAAUUCGGACAAAAUGAUAGUUUCGGUGCAUCCCUAAUAAGAUUGUAUGUUGAAUGUUGAUACUCCAGACGGUGAUUAAAGAUCAUUUGAUUGAAAAGGACUUCACCUCUGCAGGAGUCCUACAUCUAUAUCUACAUAUAUUUACUAUAUGGCCAAAUGUUUGUGGACACCCAUAGCCAAUCAGAUUAGCCCCAAAGGUCCUGGAUUUAUCUCCAGUCAUAUUUAGACCAGACUCCCAUCUCUAUGAAUCGUGGGUCAUAGAGGGGUAUAAACCCCAGUACUGAUCUGUGGAGCAGAGGAGGAACUGUGUUCUCUGGAUUAAUGGAGCUCCAUAAUCCAAUCCUGACCUCCUGACAUGAAUUUAUUAAACGCUAAAUGCAAUCAAAUCUCUCAAUCAAAUUUCAGGAGAAACAGUGAAAUGAGUUGGUGUCCCAAUACUUUUGUCCAUAUAGUGUUUCUUCACCAGCCUCCCAUCAACCAGCCUAGCAAAAAUGAAAUAAAUAAAAUAAAUUAAUAAAUACAUUAAUUAAAACAAACCUAGAAUCAUGCUCCUUUGCACUGUUCACACGGGAGACUUUUAAACUCGACAGGGCUGAAAUAUUGAGCUGUGUUUGAGGUUCUUGUAGUUGACGCUGUAAGUGGUGUAUUGUGUUUAUAUAGGGGAGGGUGAUAUGAUAAAGGCAUUUUUAUGAUUUAAAAUACUUACAGUGAUGAAUUGCGUGACUUCUGACACCAAUCUUUACAUCUGAACUAAUCACUGAGUUUCUGAAAAUCGAUAUAAUAUUGCAAAACCAAAUAUCGCAAUACGAUACAAUAUCAAUAACCAUGAUUCCCUCAGGAAAAGAUGUCUGUUUUCAAUCGAAAUAACAAAAUAAAUAAUCUAAUCUAAUAGUUUCUUGUCAUGUUGCCCACCCUUUAUAGUACUGUAUGUGUAGUCUGCGUUUGGUUCCCUGUUAAAAACCCAUCUCUGCUUUUAUUGGAAUCGAUGAUCAGAGCGAUUUUGAGAUACAAACAGACAGACUUUUUUUGGACGUUUUGGACAUUGUAGCGUUUGGCUGUUGGGUUUCUUAGACCCUGUUUACACCUGGUUACUUCAUAUGAGUUUUAUUUGGUCUGAAUUAUGGUCUAAAUAAAAAAGCAGGUCUGAAAAUCACUGCAAACCUCAGUCCAGACCACCAAAGAACCCAACAUUUAGUUUGGCCUAAUUCAAAUAUAGUACUGAUUCUCUUAACGCAUUAUAAUUAAGUGACCAGGUGUGAACAGGGUCUUAAGUCUUAUCCGGACGGGAUUAGUUUCUCAGGAAACGUCUGUGAAAAAUAUUUCACACUUCUACUCUUCUAGUGAUAAAACUCCUGCAUUCAGACUGCAAUUGAAAAAAACAAACAGGAGCCAGUGAGUUUUUUUUUUUUUUUUAGGCUGUUUUUUCUCAGUCACAUGACAUCAUGGUGUUCGGUAGCUCCUCCAUUUCCACUUGUUGUUGUGUUUACAAUAAGUGGAUCUCCGUGGAAACCGUGGUGUGCCCAAAGUGUAAUUACGAUGUGCGGCAGUGGACAAAUAGCUAUUUUAUUAAACGCGAGGAGACGAAACUCCAGACGGGACUAAAAUUACCGUUCAGAGAAAAACACGUACAUGAUGGUUCUGGAUGUGAAUAAAAAAAACAUCACAGAGGAUAAAAACCCCCACAAAAGAGAGAGAAAAUUACCCCAGAACCCCCUGAGAAACUAAUCCUGUCCGGAUAGAGCUUUAGACUAAAGCUAAAGGCUCGUUUUCUUGGUGGAAAGCGAAAGGUGUGCAAAACUCUCGCGCACUCUUGCACACUUUUUUUGCAAGACAUUCAUGUUUGGAGUGACUCUUUUUGAGAAUGUUGAAGCAAAAUCGGUGCAUUUUUAUUUAGUAGCGAUGUGUAGAUUUUUCAAAUUGUUAUAAAAUUGAUGUCCUUUCACAUUUCAACUUUUUGCGAAUGCUGCAGGGCUCUCUCUCUCUCUCGCGCUGUCGCUGGCACCCGUUCAGGUCCCCUCCGUCCGUCACUCAGGCCCAGUGCCAGCCUCAGUGCAGUUUGGUGUUUAAUCAUCGCGUUUAUGUUGCGACCGUCAUUUUCAGUACUUCGGUAACAGAAUCGUAACAGAAGAGCUUUGAGUUAAAUUUCUAUACAUUUCUAUACAUUUCUAUACGCGAGUUUGAGUCUCUAAAUCCAGCCUGAAUGUCUGUUUUACUGAAAUGCUGCAUCACACGGCUGAAGAAUGCUACAAUGCUAAAUAAAGAAUAAAUACUGUAGGAUAUAUUUGGAUUACUUUUAUACACAGAAGACGCUCUUUGAUUAUAAAGGGGUUGGGGGCGGGGUGGGAGGGGGCGGGGCCUGGGUCAGAAAUGAUGUGUGUGUGUAUAUAUAGAUAUAUAUAUCCGAAAUACUGUAAUAAACGUAAACCACAGAGACACACUGCUGAAGAGCUACUGUUUUGACGAGCUGCGUUCUGUAUAUUUCUGUUUUUUUCUGUUAUAAUUUUUUUCGUCACUUGAAAUUCAGGGGAAAUAGUGAAUGUACGACGAUGAGAUCUUUUCUUUGUUCUCUUCCGUUUUUACAGCUUUU